AAUGAAUAUUCCAAGUCCGCUAGCUUCCACAUUCCCGCGAAGUAAACGACGGUGCCGGUGGUUGGCGCCGUACGCAACUUCCAUCCAUCGCCAUCUCCCUGAAGCGACGUCGCAUCGAUCACACCGUUCUCUCUCUACCUCACAGUCGUAGCUUCCAAGGUCCAUGGCAUCUUCUUCAGACUCAUGGGUGAAGGAAUACAAUGAAGCAGUGAAACUUGCUGAUGAUAUCAGCACCAUGAUUUCCGAGCGGAGUUCGUCUGUGGAAUCUGGACCGGAAGCCCAACGUCAUUCAUCUGCUAUAAGAAGGAAGAUCACAAUAUUAGGGACCAGGCUUGAUAGCUUGCAAUCCCUUUUGUCAAAGCUUCCAGCUGGGAAGCAGCCUGUAUCUGAGAAGGAGCUGAAUCGUCGCAAGGACAUGCUUGCAAGUUUGAGAUCAAGAGUUAACGAGAUGGCUUCCACGUUGAGCAUGCCAAAUUUUUCCAACAGGGAUAGUUUGUUUGGGCCAGAAAUAAAGCCAGAUGCAAUGAGUAGGACCAAUGGCCUGGACAACAAAGGAGUUAUUGGACUUCAACGACAAAUUAUGAAAGAACAAGAUGAGGGCCUUGAGAAAUUGGAGGAAAGUGUAACAAGCACAAAACAUAUUGCAUUAGCUGUGAAUGAAGAGCUGGAUCUACACACGAGUCUCAUUGAUGACUUGGACCAACAUGUAGAUGUCACAGAUUCUCGGCUUAGGCGUGUGCAGAAGAACUUGGCAGUUUUAAAUAAACGAACCAACGGUGGUUGCUCCUGCUUGUGCAUGCUUUUAUCAGUGAUUGGCAUAGUGGUUUUGGUUGUUGUCAUUGGGCUGUUGGUCAAAUAUCUGUAAUGAUAAAAUGCCUAACUCGUCAAGCUUCUGUUUUUGUCUACGUCUCUGUAUGUAUGCACUGAAACAUCAUAACCUAGUUUCCUGAUUUCUCUUGGUGCUUUGUCAAUGGCGUGCAAUUUGUUGAGUUUGUAAUGUAAUGGACAUGUGUAAGUGUUUAUAUGGUGUGUUUGACUCUUAUAUGUAGUGUAAUGAAAGGCUUUGUAUGUACAUGGAAAAAAUGGAAGGCUUUGUAUUGUAA